AUGCCUUUAAAGUAUCUCUUGUGGUUGAAUCACCUGACGUCCGAAUAUAAGGACACUUCGUGUGACUCCAUACCCUCACAUGCCUCUAAAGCCCAAACGACGACUUUAAAGCAAACGGAAAACGUGAUUCCGGGAAUGAGUCAGGAAGCGAUCCGAAAUGUGGUUCAGUCGGAGGUAUCCAAUCUCAUGCAGAAGGAGAUGCAGAAGACCCUUGAGAGGCCAGAGCAACCUACAGUAACAAAGACUGCUAAACCGGGACCACGUAAGCCCACGCCACAGAACGUUGAUCAAUUCGUUGGUUGGCCGAGUGCUGUGGCGCAGCGUAUGGCACCAACUGGUCCACCGCCCGCCUACACUGCCGAUCAGGUAGGAUCUGCCUGUCGUUUUUUGCUGAAUGCUUUUAAAGCCAACUUCUGGUCUUGUGAAUGA